AUGCGAUCUCUGCAGGAGACUCUGCCAACUCCUUCAAACUGCAGAGUUUAUACAACUGCACAGUUGCACAAGAGCGGACCAAUCAGAGCGGAGAUGCUGCGUGACGCAGUGACGAGCCCCGGUCAAACAGCUGCUAAACUUUCUCACGUGCCCUCCGUGCACCGGCCAAGAGGACAAAACACAGAGGUAUCACUCCGGACAUAUUUCAAGAGCUCAGUUUCAAAGUCCGCCCUGAACACAGGGCCCUCGCAGACUUUAAUCGGCGUCAAGGUGUGUUCAGUGAUAAUGCGUGAGGAGGUGUUGUUACAGUCACUUCAAACAGAGGCUCUGGCUCAGGGGCCCUCUGAGCCCCCUUUGGGCACCUGGGCCCAUGCCUGGUUGGACCAUUCAGAAAUCCAUCCAUGGAUCAAAACAUACAUUGAAAUCAUUAUUUCAUCAUCAUCAAAUAUGGGUUUGAUCACCUGGCUGGUGGAACAACAUCAGUUUUUAAUGCACCAAUGUUUUUCACUUCCAUUUGCAUUUUUGUUUUAUUUUUUUGCUAAACAUGGAUAUCUGUCCUUGACAUGCAGGUACCUGUUUGUUGCUGUUGGAGGAUGUGUCCUGGCAGUUGUCACAAUGGGCAUCUACAGUGUGCUUCUCUUCGCCUCCACCUUUGUCUUUAUUCUGCUCGUAACCGCUUCGGAUCCCGGAUAUAUCCACCCCUGGGUUCUUGGAAUCCAGAUGUUGUGGCAAACCUUCUGGCACCUGGUUAUACAAUACAGGGAAUACUGCAUGCAUGAGCCUGUCACCAUCAGAUUGUUUUUGGCAGUGUCCUCUUUGAUGCUGCUCACUCAGAGAAUCACCUCAGUGUCCAUGGACCUCCAGGAGAACCGAGUUAUGUUCACAUUUGCUCCUUCAUCCAAAAAGAAAGCUUGUGCGACGCUUCUCCCUUUUAUCAGCUACGUCCUCAGUUUCACCACACUGCUUGGUGGCCCUUUGUGCUCCUACAGCCAAUUCGUGUCCCUUAUGGAAGGAAUCAGCCUCAACUCUCCACCCAGUCCACUGGGUGUGGUAUUCCUAAAGCUGAUACAGGUGUUAUUGCUGGAGUUGGUAAGGUUUUGUCUUGUCUAUUUUAUAAAACAAAACAUCUAUGACCCCUCUUGUUCUACUGUUCUUUGUGGCGUCCUGUGGGUUUGGGGUCUUGCACUGGUUUUGAGGAUCCAAUAUUACUCUCACUGGAGGAUCAGUGAAUGCCUUAAUAACGCAGCUGGGUUUCGAUUUCACGAAACUUCACCAGGAGACUUGGGAGACUGGAGCGGGCUAUCUGAUGGAGAUUUCUGGACCACUGAGGCGUCGAGCCGUGUGUCACAGUUUGCCCGUCGAUGGAACGCCACAACAGUUUUGUGGCUCCGUAGACUGAUUUAUAUAAGAUGCAAACGUUUCCCAUUGCUCAUGACUUUCGGUUUUUCACUGUGGUGGCAUGGUUUGCACUUAGGUCAUUUUGUGGGGUUUUUCACCUGGGCAGCAACAGUGAAAGCAGACUACUAUAUACACAGGUGCUUGCAACCAAAGCUUUCCUCAACAUGGAGGAAGCUGCUAUACACUUGUUUAGGCUGGAUAAACACUCAGAUGAUAAUAACUUGUGUUGUUAUAGCUGUAGAAUUCAGAAAUAUGUCCGGCCUGAGACUUUUGUGUAGUACAUACAUAGGUCUGUUCCCACUUUGUAAUACAGUUCUACAUAUCUUCUUAAAACUAAACAAACUAAGGUACAAUACUAAGGUAGUCAUGUGAGAAAACUCCCUUACCAACAUAUUUGUGAUAUAAUCGCUCCACUACAAUAUGACAGGCUUGUUCUGUCAUUAAAAAAUUAAUGGCCAUGUGUAUUGUAUUUUUGCAUUUCUUUUCUUUGUUGUUGUCAUUUAUACGGAAGGAAAAACAUCUGAACAGAUAGGUAAUGAAUUA